UUGUCCUCCGCCAUGGCGGCGGUGUUAAGGCUGCGGCCGGGAUGUGGCGCUUCUGACUGACGGGAAUAGACGGCCGAGGCGGGGACAGCGGGAGCAUCCGUGCGGCCGCCGGGGGCGCCGUGCCCGCCGCCAUGUACGGGGGAGGCGGUGGCGGAGGAGGCGGCGGCGGCGGCGGCAGGGGGGGGGGCCGCGGGAAAGGCGAGCGGAAGACCGGCGCGAAGGAGGAGCCCGGGCCCGGCGGCGGCGGCGGAGGGGGAGGCGGCGGCGGCGGCGGAGGCAGCAGCCGCGUGGAGCUGCUGGUGUUCGGCUACGCCUGCAAACUCUUCCGCGACGAUGAGCGGGCCCUGGCGCUGGAGCAAGGACAGCACCUCAUCCCCUGGAUGGGCGACCCCAAGAUCCUCAUCGACAGAUAUGAUGGACGCGGUCACCUGCAUGACCUUUCUGAUUAUGAUGCUGAAUAUUCCACAUGGAACAGAGACUACCAGCUUUCUGAAGAGGAGGCACGAAUAGAUGCCCUGUGUGAUGAAGAGAGGUAUUUAGCCUUGCAUACGGACUUGCUUGAGGAGGAGGCAAGGCAAGAGGAAGAAUACAAGCGACUGAGCGAAGCAUUGGCAGAGGAUGGAAGUUAUAAUGCAGUGGGAUUCACUUACGGCAGCGAUUAUUAUGACCCUUCUGAACCAACAGAGGAGGAAGAACCCUCAAAACAGAAAGUUGAAAAAAUUGAGGCAGAAAAUGCAGAGGAAAACGAAGAACCUUUCAUUGCCCCUUUAGGAUUGAAUGUGCCUUCUGAUGUGGAACUGCCACCAACAGCUAAGAUGCACGCCAUCAUCGAGCGCACCGCCAAUUUUGUCUGCAAGCAGGGGGCUCAGUUUGAGAUCAUGCUGAAAGCCAAACAGGCCCGCAAUUCCCAGUUUGAUUUCUUGCGCUUUGAUCACUACCUCAACCCCUACUAUAAACACAUCCAGAAGGCAAUGAAGGAAGGUCGAUACACAGUUCUGACAGAGAACAAAGGAGAAGAGAAGAGAAAUUCAGGGGCCAACUCAGAUGAUGAUGACGAUGACGACGAUGAUGGUAAUUACCUGCAUCCAUCACUCUUUGCUUCCAAAAAGUGCAGUCGACUUGAAGAACUUAUGAAGCCUUUGAAAGUGGUGGAUCCGGAUCACCCUCUUGCAGCACUUGUUCGUAAAGCUCAAGCUGACAGCAAUGCAUCUACCCCCCAGACAGCAGAUGGGGCAGCUGUGCAGACAGGACAGGUGGAGUACGCUUCAGAUUCAACAGUGGCAGCCAUGUAUUAUAGCUACUACAUGUUGCCGGAUGGAACAUAUUGUCUUGCACCUCCACCCCCGGGAAUUGAUGUUGCUACUUACUACAGUGCUCUUCCUGCAGGGGUUAAUGUACCUAGCACCACAGGAGUAACAACCGCGCCUCCCCCUCCUGGGACUACGCCGCCCCCACCCCCAGCUACAACGGAGUCCAGCAGCGGGCUAGCUUCUGCAGCAACUCCAUCCAGUACGCUUGCUCCCGUGGUUGCCAUUAUCCCUCCACCUCCGGACAUCCAGCCUGUAAUUGACAAGUUGGCAGAAUACGUUGCUAGGAAUGGAAUUAAGUUUGAGACUAGUGUGCGUGCCAAGAAUGAUCAACGGUUUGAAUUCCUACAGCCAUGGCACCAGUAUAAUGCCUACUAUGAGUUUAAGAAGCAGUUCUUCCUUCAGAAAGAAGGGGGCAACAGCUCACAGGUUGUAACAGCAACAGCUGUAGCAGAAGAGGCUCCGGCAGAGCCUGCCCCAGAAAGUGCCCGUGAAGUGGUAGAAGAGGGUGGGUCUGAAGACGCUGCUGAUACAGGAGGAAAGGGUGCCUCCGGGGCAAAAAAGGAGUCAUCUUCCAGUAAAGUCGUCAGUGAUGGCAAAUUGGUGAAAGCUUCAUUUGCUCCAAUAAGCUUUGCGAUCAAGGCCAAAGAAAAUGAUCUGCUUCCCUUGGAAAAAAACCGUGUUAAGUUAGAUGACGACAGUGAUGAUGAGGAAGAAGAGGGGAAGGAAGGCCAAGAGAGUUCUAGCAGUUCUGCAAACCCUAACCCAGCACUUGUUACACCCUGUGUAGUUAUUGAAGAGAAAAAGCCUCAACUUACCCAGGAGGAGCUAGAGGCCAAGCAAGCAAAGCAAAAGCUAGAAGAUCGGCUUGCUGCUGCUGCCCGAGAAAAGCUGGCCCAGGCCUCCAAGGAGUCAAAGGAAAAACAGCUUCAGGCUGAGCGGAAAAGGAAAGCUGCUCUCUUUUUACAGACUUUAAAAAACCCCAUGUCAGAAGCAGAAUCUGGGAAGGUAGAUGAUCAUCCCUUUGGUGUGGAGGAAGUCAGUAACGUGCCGUGUACUUUACUGACUGGAGUGAGACCUCUGCCAGCUUUGGAAGUUAAACCACCAGAACGGCCUUCAAGCAAAAGUAAAGACCCUCCCCGAGAAGAAGAAAAAGAAAAGAAAAAGAAAAAGCACAAAAAGCGGUCUCGGACAAGAUCCCGCUCUCCCAAGUACCAUUCAUCAUCUAAGUCCAGGUCUAGAUCACACUCAAAAGCAAAGCAUUCUCUUCCCAGUGCCUACAGAACUGUCCGGCGGUCAAGACCCACAGCCUCCACAGGGACACUGAGCACGGAGCCAUGUCAGAGCAGCUCAUCAGUGGCAGCAGCAACAGAUCAAGACAGUUAUCAGGCAGCCUCGACAACGAAAAGAUUUGACUCCUGGAGCUCUUGUGAGGGAAAACCUGGUAAAACGUCAAGGUCACGGUCAAGGUCACCUAGAAGAAGAGCUCACUCUCCUGAGAGAAGAAGAGAAGAAAGAAGUGUUCCAACAGCUUACCGUCUGAGCAACAGCCCAGGAAUCAGCAGGAAACGCACACGGUCCAGAAGUCCCCAUGAAAAGAAGAAGAAGAGAAGAUCUCGGUCACGUCCCAAGUCCAAGGCAAGGUCACAGUCAGUGUCACCGAGCAAACAGGUUGCACAUAAGAACUCGGCCCAUUCAACCAGCAUCUCUCCUGUGGAGAGUAGAGAAUCCAGCCAAGAGCGCUCCAGGGGAGUUUCUCAGGAAAAAGAUGGUCAGAUCUCUUCAGCAAUUGUGUCUUCAGUACAAAGUAAAAUAACUCAGGAUCUAAUGGCCAAAGUGAGAGCAAUGCUUGCCGCUUCCAAAAACAUACAAACUAGUGCCUCCUGAGACCCAGUGAACUGACCAUUCGUUAGGGGAACACGUGGGAGGGGAUUUUGCAAACAGUCUCCAUUGCCUCAUUGCAGCUGUGGAUCGGAGAACUCUGAACAUUUGGUCCACAGCUUCCUUCUGUAGGAGGUUAUUGAAAUUAGAAGAUCGGGAAAAACCUUAUUCCUGUCCAACCCACCCUCACAAGCGCUGCCAGAAUUUUCCACCCUGGAGCUCCCUUGGACAAUUGAAGGUUUUUGUAAAUUGAUUUUUCAUGACCUCUUCAGUUUAAGAUUUUUGACCAGCAGUCUCUUAUCUGUAUAUUUGUAAAUAAUAUCAUGUUUCUGUGAAAAUGUAUUACCAAAUAAAAUGGGAGAAAAACACCUUUUCUAGCUAGCAACUUUUUGGCAGUUUCUUCAUUUUGGAAGUAGUGAUUUUUGUUAUUUUUACCAUUUUACUGUCUGCUAUAUUAUUUUGAAUUUAGCAUCAGUCAUUAUUUAGUCAAUCCAUUAGUUUACAUACCACCCUCUUCCCCAACUUCCCCCAAUUCAUGACAGAUUUGUUGUACCAAACAACCUAUAUGCUUUUAAAAUUGUUUACCAUCUGUUGUAUAAGUAGUAAAGAGAGCAUAUUUUGAGCUUUCUUAUAAUACUGAUAAAAAUUCAAAUUUGUUUCAAAAUUUUUUUUAAAUUUCAGCAUAUUAUAAUUUCAUUUCGUUCAGUUAAACUUUAUUUUCCAAAAUAGAUCCAGUGCUUAAAAUAAGAUGUAGCAUAUCCUCCUGUUUGGGGGCAAAACUGAGCCAUAAGCAUAAAAAAGUAACUUUCUGCCUUAUACAUUGCAUUUUCAAGAUAGGAAGUCUUAACCCACCAAGUGAGGAAGUUCUUUGCUUAAACCAGAUCUCUCCAACCUUCUUAUAAGGCUUCUUCCUUCAGUCCUCUCCCAAGGACAUUUUUGGAUCACCUGAUCUAAUUCUCCAGAAGUGCAACAUGUCCCUGCUUUAAGGAGCUAUCUAGUUGUAACGUAAAACGUAUUCCCAUGAAACAAGAAACUCUAACUCCUGCACAGUAGAUAACUAAAGAACAGAGCAGCUGAUGGAGAUGAGGACUCUGUUCACUAAGAGGUCUACAGGAGUUCAGGUCCUUGGUCUCUAGCUGCAUGCUGAAGGUGGUACUGGAGAGAGUCUGUAACGUUGGAGAGUUUAGGUGAAGGGUGAGGAUUUCUGCCGUGCAGGGCAGAGAGACAACAGAAGUAAGUAAGCCUUGUGUGUGGGCUUCAAGGCGUAGGCCCACCUGGCUGGAAGAACUUGCCGUUCCCUCCUGAACCAGAGAACUGUUCUGAAAGUUAAUGGCUUCAUACACACAUCUAACAAAUUGCUGUUGGUCACACAGAGAAUGUUCUCAAAUGUUUUCAUUUUGCUAUUUUUCCUCCUGCAGGGAAAGGCUGGGAUCAUUAACCAGAAAUAAAACCGCCUAGAUAGGGAAAUGGGAAACAAUUAUGUUGGCACAAAAUUAACUAGUCCAGUUAUUUUACUAGUUCAGCUCUAGGAGGUCACUGCUAGGGGUUCAAAUAAACUCUUGGGCAUUAAGAAAAAGAUACUGGAAGGGUUGGGGGUUUUUGGUUUUUUGUUUUUAUUUUGGGUAAUUUACAGGCUACUCCCCAAUAGUGAUUUCUGCUGUUUUCCCAUUGCUCUUUGUCAGAUCCUAUCUGACAUUGUUUAUCCUGUUUGUUCAAAGCCAUCCCUAGCAGGGAUAAAAAGUUAUGGCAGCUUUCAUGCUGGAUUUGAUUUAGUCAUCCUAACUGAACCAGCAGGGUCAGAACUCCUCGAGAAGAGCUUCAUUAUAAUAGCGAAGUGUAGUGUUUAAACAGUUAUUGUGUGCCCACAGAGGGGGUUGGGAUUUACUAUCCAAAGGAGUUUUGAACAGUCUCCUGAAACCUGAUUACCCAUAGAUCACACCCAUAGAGCACAGCAGGCUUUUUAUAUUUUCCCAUUUGGGAGCAUAUAUAAGCAUAACAAACCAUGUUGAUGUGUCCUUUUGAAGAGUAGCCGUUCUACCCGAAUUAUGUCUCACUUGGAUACCCAUACCCUCUUGGUGCCCAAGAUAUGUCUAUCUGUGCCUAGGGAGGGACAUUCUAGUCAGGUCACUUUCCUAUUCAUUCUUCUAAGUGACUAGAUGUGUCCCCAGAUAAGCACAUAUUUCAUUGCACAGUGUAGUCUAAGAAGGAAGGGUGGGUUUAUGUAUGCCACCGGAGAAGAGGAAGUUUGUGGUCAGGAUAACUUUUCAGUGGUGUUGGCUUAGAUAAAGGAAAUGAAGAGGGAAAACUCGAAUAAAGCAAGUGACUAGGAUGAGAAAAAAGAAGGAAAAAGGAGGAAAGGAGAAAAAGAAGAGGUGAGCUGCUUUCCUGCUUAGCAUGAUAAAUAAAUAACAUGUAAUAAGCAGUUUGUAGGUAAAUGGUUUGGCUCAUUUGGGGCCAAAAUUAAAAGGUGUUGCCGAGGCCCCAAGAGGUGACUCCCACUGUGGCAACGUUACUGCUUAGCCCUAGAAGGAUUUUAUCAAGGGUGACCCCAGUGUAGAUAUUCCCAGGGGUCGACUCCCUGCUGGUUGUUGCCCCAGCUUUCCUACACAGAGCUAACAACCCAGACCUGAUAAAGAAGCCAAAAAGCUUUUUAUUGGUUUGUGACUUAAGAAAAGUAUUGGACACCUUCCUAUAAUUUUUAUUUGAGACCCUAGGAUUUAACUUCAUUAGUAGAUAAUCAGUAAUUACUUAAUGGAUUAGGUUUGCAUCUUACAUUGGUCCAACUAAUUUCAACCACCUUUAGUCAGUUCUAUUUGACUCACACCAAUGAGGAUUUUGUUUAACUACAAGUAGGAAGUAUGUAUCCUCUCAAUUGAUAAACUCUCUCUUGACCUCCCCAAUGUAACCCAACCAGCAUUUAUUAAGCCCCUGCUAUGUGCGAAUCACUACUUCCUCUGGGAAGGGGAUGGGGGUGGAAUGUAAUAUGUAAAAUGGUAAGUAUAUGCUAGAUAAUUUGAGGGGAAAGCAAAGAGCAGAAAGGGCUUCCCUUCAUAGGUAGCUCUAGGGUGCAUUUAAAGCAGCCUCUUCAGUAUAUUUACCACUAUUUAAAAUGAUGCCACUAGGGGGCAGCUAGGUGGCGCAGUGGAUAGAGCACCGGCCCUGGAGUCAGGAGUACCUGGGUUCAAAUCCAGCCUCAGACACUUAACACUUACUAGCUGUGUGACCCUGGGCAAGUCACUUAACCCCAAUUGCCUCACUAAAAAAAAAAAAAAAAGAAAAAGAAAAGAAAACGAUGCCACUAGCCCCUCAUAAUUUUAAGCAAAUCCAAGAAAGUAAUUUCAUUUUCCCAUCUGGGAAGUAUUGUAAUUUAAGUAGGGAAAGGUACUGUUUUGCCUUCAUAAACAGCUAACGAUAUGCCCUCGACCUUUUUUGAAUAUAUGAAAUUACUUUCAACACAGUCAAGACGGAUUAGGGAAAUGUGAGAGAAUCCUAAAAGCAUUUGAAAGAAAACCCUUGAAAUGAGUUCUCUUCCUUCAUUAUCACUUUAAAAGUCAAGAUGAAUGUACUUUUCUGUUUCUUCUACUGAAGUUAUCCAAUUAGUGACCUUUUAAAUAAUUUUUUUUAAUAUUCCAGUUAUUCUCAGAAUACUUUAGUGCCUGAAUCACUAUACAGUGAAUGUGUGGUCAUCCCAAACCAUAUGAUGAGUAAAAAUAUGCCAGAACCCAGUGUCUGAAAUGUCACAAAGGACCACCACCACCCCCUUGCUCUGCAAGAAUUGCACUGUAAAUAGGUCUGUAACUAAGAAGGACUCUGCUUCCUUUCCUGGGCCCCCUACAGCAUGGGACCUAUCUCUGUUACCACUAGUAGAAGCAUAUUCCUCCAAUUUUUGACCAACCUCUCCAGAUUCCAUAUGUUGUACACUUAUUCAUUCUUUAGUGGACACUCCAACUGGUUUUAGAGGAUCCAAUAAGAGAAAAACCAAACUGGAGAAAGGAAUAUUUUUUUCAUAGAGCUAAAAAAAAACAGAAUGUGACUGCCUUGUUUAUAAAAAUGCAUCUGGAGGCAGUAACUGUUUUUAUUACUUCAAGAGAGAAAAAAUAUUGAUCUGCGCCGUGAAUUCUAGUUGAUGCUUUUAUUAGUAAAUACAAUUUGAAUGCAUCUUUUCUCUUUGGCGAUGGAGGGAUUGGCAACCCUACAAUUGCACAAAUCAGCAGGGCUCAUGUAGGAACAGGUUUUAUCAGCCACGUGGGGUACAGUAAGACCAAAGCCUUAACAUUAAGGGUCCCCCUCAGCCCAUCCAUCUAUACUAUCUGCUUUCUAGCCCUGGGAAUGAUUUCCUGCCCAUCCUAGUGGCUUUUGGCAUAGCCAGUCCAUUAAGGCAGAGCAAAGGUGUUAGAUUUUCUUGGUUGCUGAGUACAACAAUGAGCCACUGCAGUGAUAUAGCUUGCCAAUAUUGGAAAAGAAAAAAGCACCCAAUAAACAUUACUACUAGCUAGCUUCUUUGUCACUGUCGAAGUUAAUGGCAUUUAGAAUCUUUACAAAAGAAAGCAAAAUGCUGGUCCCCUGGUCAUAUUUGUUUGUUUUUCAAACAUGACUUCAUAAAUGGCAGCUUCUAAUCAAGUGGCUUGUUUGGCAGAGGAAUCUGGGGGAAAGGGCACUGGAUUUGGGAGUCUGAAGGCUUGGCUGGCUCCAAUACUUAGCAGCUGUGUGACCUUGGGCACAUCCUUUCCCCUGUCCCUUAGACUUCAGUCAUCAUCUGUAAAAUGAGGGGGACGGUAUCAUUUGCUCUAUCAUUCUGACAAAGAUACUGUGAAAAAAGUGCACCCUAAGCUUUGAGAGACUGUAAGUAUGAAUUGUUAAGAAUCUUGUAAGGAAAAUCAAAACUGCAAAGGGCAGCCAGGGAAAGCAAGGGAUUACUUUUGGGGUGCCACAGCAUUUCCUUCCAGCCCAACUCUGACAGUGUGAACCAGAAUUCAUUUCUAGGUGGAAAAUCAUGAGAUGGCUAAAUGGGAGGGGCAGAUGUGAUGGAUCGAUGGAUUUUUAAAAAGCAUUAAGUGCUUACUAUAUGCCAUACACUAAUUAGCAUAAUUUUAAGAGCAGGGCAGGAUCUCAGCAGCAUCUCUUCUAAACUUUUCAUUUUACCAAUAAGCAGACCUAGGAAGAAAUUACUUGUCUAAGAUCAUCUCUAAUGGGUCACAAGUAUUGGAGGCAGGAUUUGACCCAGGUCUUCUGACCCCAGAGGGAUUGCUUCUUCCCCUGCACCAUGCUAUUUCCCUGGGUUUGAUUUUUCAGAACAGCAAUAACUAGCUCUCGUGAAGUAUCUCUAGCAAUUACUAACCCCUAUGUCCUAUGGUACUUCUGUUGUUAGACACAAUUACUGAAAGCUGAGUGUUGGGACUCCCUCUUCCUUAGCUCUCAAAAGUACCCUGGACAGAAACAUGGUUUAACUCAGCUCAAACUUUUGAAUGACAUUUGUGUUCCUGCCCUUUAGGGAAUUAUGUAGUAUAGUUCAGGGCUUCUUAAACUUUUUCCACUCACAAUCCCUUUUCAUCUGAGAAAUUAUUAUGUGACUCCAGGCAUAUAAAAUAGUUAUACACAACCUUUUACUGUUGCCAAAUUUUUUCAUGACCUCCCACAUUCAGUUACGUGACCCCAUAUGGGGGUACCCACAGUUUAAGUAACUCACAGUCUAAGAAGCUAGAAUGUAGAUGGGUCUAGUUUGCUACUUACUUCCUGGGCCUUUCCAACAGUGUUCUGUAAAGGAAAUGGAGCCAUAUUGUAAUAACUAAGCUUGGACCUUGAAAAGAAAUGACAAAGCUCCUUUCUUUACAGAACUUGAAGCACUGGGGGCAUGAAAUGUUGCUUAUGCUGUCACUCAGUUGAUAUGUUGGUUAUGCUGCUUUUUCUCUGUAUGGUUAAGACAGGCAUGGCUUACUAGUCAAAGAAGGGAGAGAUCUUUUUUGACAGUGAAAGUGAUGUAAAACAGAAGAUUCCAAUAAAAUGUUUAAUUUCUUUUUAUUCUGGAUUUAACAAACACACCAAAAAUGAACAUAUCCAUAUGCAAAUUAUA